AUGAGACGCCUAGUUUUGGCCUUUGCGACAUGUGCCGCCGUCGCCGACUGCAUCGGAAGUAUGUUGGUGCAAGGCCGAGCCGACACCAUCAGAGCCCUUCGAACCAUCGUCCGUCACUCGGCCACUGUGUUAGGACUUUUCAAAGCAAUUUUGACAGCUGUAGAAGUUAUAGUUGAAAUAGAGUUGGAGGGCGCAGAGAAAUCAUAAUGAUGCAAGCAAAUGAGUAUCUUUAUCUGCCCGAAGAUCUGAAUAAUCAGAAAGUUUUCCUCCCAAAAAAGUAAGUUUCCAGAUCACCCACUGCUGAAUUCCCGGAGAACGCCUGGGAAAGUUCCUCAGUACCCAUCCCAAGAGAACCUCUACGCGACUUACCUGAGACUCGUCGAUCGCAAAAGAUCCGAUUUUUGAAGCGAGACCGACCGCGAAGACACAUCAGCAACGCAGUGAUCGAGUCUGGUGAGGAUAUAGAAAUGGUUUUGAAAAGUAUUUUUUUGCUCAGCGAAAAUAUUUUUCCAUACCGUAUUCCAUGGUCAAGUCCGGGGACGCAAGGAAUUUUUUUUUUGAGCUUUAGAUGAUCUAGAACUGUUUCUUUUUAUAGUUCAUAUCGCACCAGAUUGUCACGUUUUUCCUCUUCCUAUGAGCUAAAGAACACUUCUUUUCAAUGCGCUCGGCUUUUUCUGUGCAUGCGCCUUUAAUCCAACGGAAUUUUUGGGCAAAUUGAAAGACGCAUGCGCAGAAAUAUAGUUUGUUCAGCUUUCGAAUGUCAAGUCCUCGCUGAAGCUCCGCCCCCUGAUGGCGCGAUAAACCAAUCAGAGAGCGAGCCAUCCACAGAGCUUUUUCGAAUGACGUUAUUCUACUUGACAUUCAAAAUCUGAACGGACUAUAGACCGCGUACUUCGAAUAGAGUGAUUAUGUAGCUGAAAGGGAAAAACAUCGUGACAACGCGGAAUUGGCUAUAACUUAUUCGGUGAGACUUGGAAACAAUCUAGUCUGUCUGUGCCCUUUUUUUUCAGCGGGUAGGUCAGAAGAACAUGAUGUUACUAAACAGGAGUGCGUUUUAAAAAGAAAAAAAUCGCAGUAAAAAAAGAGGUGUUUGUGAGUUUUUGAGAAUCUAACGGUGAUUUGAUUUUUUAUAACUUGCUUUUCAAAAUGUUGUCGAACAAGGUUUGCAGGACACUGCGAGCACGUCGACCUGAUGGACUGCUCCGAUUUUGAAACGGACGAGAUGACGUGCAUGAUGACGGCGACGGGGAUGACGUGCUGUGUCUGCACCGGAGCCCUCCGAGCAGCCAAGAGAGAUCUCUUCUGA